AUGAUUGUUGUCAACGGUUGCCACACUUUUCAGGAUGACACUACAUUUGAGAAACAAAGUGCCCUGUUCGCACUGGCGGUUGCAGAUAUUGUACUGAUAAACAUGUGGUGCCAUGACAUCGGAAGGGAACAGGCUGCCAACAAACCAUUACUGAAGACAGUUUUCCAGGUCAUGAUGCGAUUGUUUAGCCCUCGGAAAACAACUCUUCUUUUUGUCAUACGUGAUAAAACAAAGACUCCAAUAGAGCUGCUUGAACCUGUUCUAAGAGAAGAUAUUCAGAAGAUAUGGGAUUUAGUUCGCAAGCCUGAAGCACAUAAGAAUACACCUCUAAGUGAAUUCUUCAAUGUGGAGGUCGUUGCCUUAUCCAGCUAUGAAGAGAAAGAAGAAGUGUUUAAGAAAGAGGUUGCCGCAUUGAGGCAGAGGUUUUUCCAUUCCAUUUCACCUGGGGGACUUGCUGGUGAUAGACGUGGUGUAGUUCCUGCUUCAGGGUUUUCUUUCAGCUCCCAGGAGAUUUGGAAAGUUAUAAAAGAGAAUAGAGACUUGGACCUUCCUGCUCACAAGGUAAUGGUUGCUACUGUUCGGUGUGAAGAGAUAGCCGAUGAGAAGCUACAACACUUGGCAACCGAUGAGAGUUGGUUGGAGUUGCAAAAAGCUGUAGAAGGUGGUCUUGUUCCUAGUUUUGGCAGAAAGCUUAGUUCUAUCCUUGAAAAAUACUUCUCAGAAUACGACUCGGAGGCAGUAUACUUUGAUGAAGGAGUAAGAAAAGAAAAGCGUCUUCAGCUGAAAUCUAAAGCUUUGGAUUUUGUGCAUCCUGCUUAUGCUAGCAUGUUGGGACAUCUACGAUCCAAUGCUUUGGAAUCCUUUAAGAUCCGACUGGAACAGUCUCUAAAUCAAGGAGAAGGGUUUGCAAAUGCUGUGCGGGACUCCCGACAAUCUUGUCUGCUUGUGUUUGACAAAGGAUGUAAAGAUGUUGCGGUUAAACAAGCGACUUGGGAUGCAUCAAAAAUCAGAGAGAAACUUUGUCGUGACAUUGAUUCUCAUGCAUCUUCUGCUCAGACUGCUAAACUAUCUGAAUUAACUGCCAACUGCGAGAAACGGCUAAGUAAAGCACUGAGCGAACCUGUCGAGUCUUUGUUCGAAGCCGGUGGAAAAGAGACGUGGCCUUCCAUUAGGACACUUCUCAAACGGGAGACAGAAACAGCUGUUACAAAUUUUCUGGAUGAUGUCACUGGUUUUGAGCUAGAUCACACUACAAUUGAUGCUAUGGUUCAGAAUCUAAAGGACUAUUCUCAGAGUUUAGUGGAGAAAAAGGCGAGAGAAGAAGCUGCCAAAAUUCUGAUCCGAAUGAAAGAUAGGUUCUCAACAGUCUUCAGUCAUGACAAAGACUCAAUGCCACGGGUCUGGACUGGAAAAGAGGAUAUUACAGCAGUCACAAAAGAUGCUCGCUCAGAGGCUUUAAGUCUUCUGUCUGUGAUGGCGGCAAUACGUUUGGAUGAAAGACCGGAUCAAAUUGAGAGUAUUCUUUUCUCUUCUCUCAUGUAUAGCUUGGAAACUUCUACGGAUCCACUUGCAUCUAAGUCUUGGGAAGAGGUUCCUCCAAAAGACGUGCUACUGACGCCAGUACAGUGUAAGUCUCUGUGGGAACAGUUUAAAUCUGACAUUGAGUAUACCAUAAUCCAAGCUAUCUCGGCACAGAAAGCUCACAAGCGGAAGCACAGCUGGCUUCCACCGGCUUGGAUUGUGAGUAUUACGUUGAUGGCCCUUGGUAUUGAUAUACCUGAAGGUUGGUCGUACUAA